GGGAGGGACGCGACGCGAGGCGGGAGGCGGCGGGAGCUGCGGUGGGGCGCAGGACGUGGCGCCGGGCCCGGCCCGGAUUGGCGAAGGAAGGCGGGCCUGACCUUGCCUGAGGAAAGCUGAACUAAAAAGCCCCGUUUUGGCAGUCAUGGGUCUGUCUGCAUCCUCCCCAGCGGCCACAGCUCAGUCAGCAGCUGAGCCGGCCAAGCAGCCCCAGGCUGCCUCUCCACCUUCAGAAUGCCCCAUGCAUCGGGAGAAAAUGAGAGGUUGUCCAAUGCGCAUGAAGGCUUCUGAGCGUAGGGCUGAGAACACAGACGAUGUUCCUGCACAUCAGGAAAGAGCGUAUGAAUACGUAGCAUGUCCUGUGAAGUCUGGGGCAUCUCAAGUGAACGAUGACAUAGAUCCCAGCAAUAUGAUGCCUCCUCCUAAUCAGCUGCCAUCUCCAGAUCAACCAUUUCCAUUGUCAACUGUUAGAGAAGAAUCUUCCAUUCCGAGGGCACACUCUGACAAGAAAUGGGUCUAUCCUUCAGAGCAGAUGUUUUGGAAUGCAAUGCUAAGAAAAGGGUGGAGGUGGAAAGACGAUGACAUAACAAGUGAAGACAUGACUAACAUCAUUAAGAUUCACAAUCAAAAUAAUGAGCAAGCUUGGAAGGAGAUUUUGAAGUGGGAAGCUCUUCAUGCUACGGAAUGUCCCUGUGGACCGUCCCUGAUGCGGUUUGGAGGCAAAGCGAAGGAGUAUUCACCAAGAGCCAGAAUACGAUCAUGGAUGGGAUACGAACUUCCCUUUGACAGACAUGACUGGAUUGUUGACCGAUGUGGAAAAGAAGUGCGAUACGUUAUCGAUUACUAUGACGGUGGUGCAGUAGAUAAGAACUACCAGUUCACUAUCCUGGAUGUUCGUCCUGCGUUUGAUUCUCUGUCAGCUGUGUGGGACAGAAUGAAGGUAGCUUGGUGGCGUUGGACUUCUUAAUUACUCCUGUUAUGUGUGAUCAAAAAGAACAACCACUUCCCUCUGAGGUUUGAGAAUAUGUGGACAGUAGGACGUGAGAUAGAAGUUCAGUGGAACUGUGUUUAUUUUUGUCACCACUGUUCUUUGUGGGGGCAUGACAAGGAUGAAGAAAUGCAUUGUUAAGUAUACCAGUGCUUUAUGAUGCUAUAAAUUAUAUAAUAAAAGUACAGAAACAAAAACACUUAAUUUUCUUAAGAUGUGGGAAAUCUUUUAUUUUGUUACAAGUCUUGCCUAAGAUUUCCUUCUUUCCUUUCAUGCCUGUGGUGCUGUACCAAAUACAUGAGGUUUCUGGUUCUGACUGUGGUUUUGAGUAUUACUUAAAAAAUAGCAAAAACUGGAAGUUUCAUGAAUGGUUGCCCUUAGUUACAGUAUUAGCGUACUCAGAUAAUAGAGCAUGAAAGUUGUGGACUGUUACGAAUUGCAUGUUUUACUACGUAUUGAAAACUACAAGCUUGUUUUUACAUUGGCACUUUACCUGUUCAAAUACAUCUCCUCAGAAAAAUCUAUUCUGUUAAAGAAGUGCGAGUAUUACAGUGUGAGUGUUUCUAGAAGCUUUCAGUUGAAUAUAUAGAGAGUAUACUUACGCCUUAAUUUGCUGUUUAUCUUUGAACAGAACAGCUGAUUGUUAGAGGCAGGAAAUGAGUGUAUUGGUUUGGUUGCUCUUAAAACAACAUUUCUCAAAGGAGAUAAGGUUGAUCUCUAAUGAGUAUUUAUUUAAUCAUUUAAGUAGUUUGUUUUCUGACGUAAGAAAGUUGUAUUCUUUUUGGUGCACUUGUGUGUAUCCAAAAUGUGAGUCAACAUUUUGCAAGUAAGCAGGGUUGAGUUGAGUGUUUUCUGAGAGUGAUGCUUGUUAAUGCAGUGUGAUGUUUGUACCUAAUGAGGAAAAUGAAACUACUUUCUGUUUCUUUUUUUUAAAGUCUUCCACUGUAAUAACUAUAAAUUUGCAUGGCUUGGUAAAUUUCAGUUGCCGCAUACUUGAAAUUACGUUACUCCUCCCUUUGAGCAUACAGUACUGUUGAGGGUAAGACCUCCAUGCAAAAGACUCGGGAACUGAAAUAACCAAAUACUGCAUUGUAGUUUCUUAAGCCAGAGUUUCUUCUUGUAAUUUGGAAGUUUGAACUGGCAACCAGCUGUACCUUAAUUUUCUGAAAGUGCUUAUUGUUCACUGAUAACAGAAGCUUUUUUCUUUCUCCCAAGGGGAGAACACCUCACUGCGUCAGUAAAGUAACUCUUCUCAUUUAGGAAAAUAAUCAGGGAAGCUUCCAUAUUUCAUGGUACUAAUGGAGACUAAUGACUCCCACUUCACAGGCAACUAUCUGUGGGGUCAGAAUAAAACUUACCCAGAAGUCCAGAAUUCUAAGAAAUAACUCCUACUUUUAUCUUUUUCCAGUUUCCCUAUUACUUUUCCCCUUUUUUUCAGAAGUUUGUGUGUGUGUUAAUAAAAACAGUUUAAAGCAAGAAACCUCAAGCCUCAGUCUGAAUAGGCAGUAUAUAUGCAAGAUACAAGAAGUGUGUGACCUUCUAUGAAGCACUGUAUCUGACAGUGAAAGAGCUGCUCCUUUCAGUUCUGACAGAAAAGACAGAAGAUUUUUGAGGUCAGCUUUUUGAGUUUUAUGUACGCAUUUGGUAACUUGAUCUACGCACAAUGGAGUGAGCAUUUUGGUAGCUUCAAAAUGGCAAGUCUGCACUGUUGGUUUUGGACACAACGUUAAGUGUGUUAUGAAAACUGUAAUUGCUACUAAAUCUGAUGGAUGUUUCAUGCUGCUUCAUGAGUUUGCUAUCUUCUGUUUCAUCUUUCCUAGCAUCAGAGUUGUUCUUCUCCAUGCUGCUUUGUCAUUCAAACCAAAAGGAGAAUCAAAUAAAUAUACUUUUCUUAA